AUGAACUCACUCUUCAACUCUGCAUUACGGCAGUCCAACGCCAUCCGCAAGGACCUUGACGCCUACGCCGAAUCUGCCACGAGCUCGCCAGCUCUCCAGGGACAACUCACAACAUCCCUCACAUCUUUCAGCCGCACACUAGACGAUUAUUCGAGAAGCGCUCAGCAGGAACUAGCUCAAGACCGCUUGACAAACUUCCGCGCCGAACUUCUCGAUUACCGCAGUCGCUUCGCCCUGCUCAAAGCCGAACAAGAAGAAAAGCUGCAUCAGAACAACCGCAAUGAUUUGCUAGGCCACCGUCGUCCACAUGGUGCAAAUGCAACACCAGAGAACCCAUAUGCCGAUUCUGCCCUCGCUAGCUCUUCGCGCGAUGGAGGCGCAAACCCACUAUUCCGCACGCGAGACGGUUUCGUCAACACACCUACCGGUGCAGCGGGCUCGAAUCCUUACUCAUCGUAUCAGUCACCUUAUGCACUAAGCACCGACUCUGGCGAUCAAGCGCGAGAGAACCACGCUCUGCGUGAACAAAACUUCUUUGCCUCGACAAAUGCAACGUUGGACGAGUAUCUGGAGAGAGGUCGCGCAGUGUUGGGUGAUUUGGGUGAGCAGCGUGAUAUGCUCAAGAACACACAGAGAAAGCUCUACAGCGUUGCGAACACGCUGGGUAUCUCGGGAGACACGAUACGCAUGGUCGAGCGAAGGGCAAAGCAAGAUAAGUGGAUAUUCUGGACAGGCGUGGUGGUGUUUGUUGUUUUUGUCUACUUUGUGCUCAAGUGGCUGCGGUAG